AUGCCUAGUGAUCCUUCGAUCAGAGCAUUGAUCUUGAAGAUAGACACCGUCAGCAGGUCUAUAGUCAUAGAGGAGCUCGAUGAAACACAUUUACUGGUGGACCAGAGUCAGGUGCCUUUCCUGAAAAAUGAGCUGAACAAGCUCUUAUCAGAGAAUACCUACAAUCCGCUCGAUGAUGAAAAUUUGCCUCAGUAA